AUGAAAUUAUGCUGCGAGUUAUGCACCACUACAGAGGUUCCAUUACAAAUAUUUUGCUUCUCGAUGCAAUACGAUCGUCUCCAGUAUGUGAUUUAUGAAUUGGAAGAUUAUUGUAAACAUGCGAAACCAAAAGAGAGGAAUGUUUUUCACCAAUAUAUUGAUAGUUGUAAAUCAAUUUAUGUAUGUUCAAUUUGCGGUUUUACUGUUACCGCUCUACUUCUUAUCCUUAGUCCUGUCGUAGAACCGCAUCCGUUUCCUAUCGACAUAGAAUAUCCGUUUUCCGUGGACUACCAACCUUUGAAGAUUAUCAUUUAUUUACAUCACGUACUACUUAUAUAUCAAAGUUAUACGCAGGUAUGCGCAAAUAUUUUCAUCGCUCUUUUAUUGUGGUUUGUAUCAGCGAGAUGUGAUAUUUUAUCCAGCAGAUUUCGAGCAGUCACGAAAUUUGCCGAGCUACGUGCAUGUAUAGAAGAACAUCAAGAAUUACUCUGGUAUGGAAAGAAAGUAACUCUUUCUGUUCGAUAUGUGAUGUUGGCGUCGCUGGCUGUUAGUACAAUAGUUAUCAUAUUUACUGGCUGCACUUUUCUAAGCCGACAACCAAUAUCGGUAAAAGCAACAUUUUUAAUCUUCUUUAUUUCAUCUCUCGCAAAAGUAUAUUUGUGCGCGUGGCCAGCUGACCAUCUGCUAAGUGCAAGCACUGAUAUUACUCACGCUACGUAUGACUCAAUGUGGUAUAACGGGAAGGUUGAUUUUCAAAAGAAUUUUGUGCACAUUUUAUUACGUGGCCAAGAACCUAUAGCUGUAAACGUACCCUGCAUGCUACCGACUGUUUCGUUAAAUUAUUAUGCCUCAUACGUCUCGACUGCUUUCUCUUACCUAGCCACGUUUCGAGUUAUACUUGAGGAAGAUGAUUGA